UAAUUUGAAAUUCCCGAAGGCACCGAUGGCUGGAAUUGGAAUGGGAUUAAUUGCAGACCAGCUUGCCACUAGUUCGUUCAGCUAUUGUGCUGACUGCGUGAGUCACAGCACAAAUUGCAUAAAGUCCCGAUGUCUACACAACCCCUCCCCUUUUUUUCUCUUUUUCACUUGAUGACUUUUGAUUUUUGUUUUUAAUUCAUCUUAAUAUUCAUGUUCUAAUUGACUCCGUGCUAACAAAAUGGAUCAUCUCAAAAGAACAUUCGCUCAAUGCCAACAAGAGGGCCGCCCAGCCCUAGUGACAUAUGUCACUGCUGGCUUUCCGACAGCGCAAGAAACCCCGGACAUCAUGCUGGCCAUGCAAGCCGGAGGUGCCGAUGUCAUUGAGCUAGGCCUUCCCUUCACAGACCCCAUCGCCGAUGGCCCUACCAUCCAAAAAUCCAAUCUGAAAGCACUCAAGAACGGGGUCACGAUUACCUCCAUGCUACAGAUGGUGAAGGAUGCACGCCAACAGGGACUACGCAUUCCUGUCCUCUUCAUGGGAUACUAUAACCCGGUUCUGCGCUUCGGUGAAACCGCCCUACUCGCUGAAUGCAGAGCAGCCGGUGUGAAUGGGUUCAUCAUUGUCGACUUGCCGCCGGAGGAGGCUGUACGAUUCCGCGAUCAAUGUCGGCAUGCUGGCCUCUCAUAUGUUCCUCUGAUUGCUCCGUCCACUACUGAAGACCGCAUGAAGACGCUGUGUGGGAUUGCUGACACCUGGAUCUAUCUGGUUUCCCGGAUGGGUGUCACUGGAGCCACAGGUACUCUGAAUAAUCAGCUUCCCGACUUGAUGAAGCGCGUCAAGGAUCUCUCUGGUGGAGUCCCGGUGGCUGUCGGCUUUGGCAUCAGCACUCGAGAACAUUUUCUUGGUGUUACCUCGAUUGCGGACGGCGCUGUGAUCGGGAGCGAAAUCAUUAAUCAGCUGGCUAAUGCCCCUGCUGGACAGGGGGCCCGCACGAUUGAAGAGUUUUGCUCUCAGAUCACGGGACGGAAAGUCUCGCGCACGGCAGUUGAGCCAUCCUCUAUCUCGUCGGAGGAAGUCACGUCUGCUACGAAGGAGAAGCCUGCGCAGUCCUCGACCGUGACCACGAAUGGUUCAGCAUCUCAACGUGGCCGCUUCGGUGAUUUUGGCGGACAGUAUGUUCCUGAGGCGCUGACCACUUGCCUCAACGAAUUGGAGGCGGGGUUCCAGGCUGCGCUGGACGACCCGGCCUUUUGGGAAGAGUAUCGCUCCUAUUAUCCGUACAUGGGUCGGCCGUCGACACUCCACCGAGCUACGCGGUUGACUGAGUCGGCGGGCGGCGCGAACAUUUGGCUCAAACGUGAGGACCUGAAUCAUACGGGUUCUCACAAGAUCAACAAUGCCCUGGGUCAGAUCCUGAUCGCCCGCCGGCUGGGUAAGACCGAGAUUAUCGCGGAGACCGGGGCAGGCCAACACGGCGUAGCCACUGCAACAGUCUGUGCGAAGUUCGGGAUGAAGUGCACCGUCUAUAUGGGCGCCGAGGAUGUCCGACGUCAAGCAUUGAACGUCUUCCGGAUGCGCCUUCUCGGGGCCACCGUCGUACCCGUAGAGGCAGGCUCGCGCACACUCCGGGAUGCGGUCAACGAGGCCUUCCGGGCAUGGAUCACUCGGCUGGACUCGACGCAUUAUAUCAUUGGGUCGGCCAUCGGGCCGCAUCCCUUCCCAACCAUCGUGCGCACGUUCCAAUCCGUGAUCGGCACCGAGACCAAGGCGCAGCUGCAACAGCAGAUCGGGAAGUUGCCUGACGCCGUGGUGGCCUGUGUGGGCGGUGGAUCAAAUGCCGUGGGCAUGUUCCACCCCUUCGUCGAGGAUCCGUCGGUGCAACUGGUGGGCGUAGAAGCGGGCGGUGAUGGCCAGACGAAGCACUCGGCUACGCUCGGCGGCGGCAGCGUCGGGGUCCUGCACGGUGUACGGACAUAUGUGCUUCAGGACCGCCAUGGUCAGAUCAGUGACACCCAUUCUGUCUCCGCGGGCCUGGAUUACCCGGGCGUCGGGCCGGAGCUGGCCUCUUGGAAGGAUAGCAAUCGAGCGACCUUCAUUGCGGCCACCGAUGCGCAGGCGCUCGAGGGGUUCCAGCUGCUCAGUCAACUGGAGGGCAUCAUCCCGGCGCUGGAGUCGUCGCAUGCGGUCUGGGGGGUGAUGCAAGUGGCUCGCGAGCUGGGCCCAGGGAAGGAUGUCGUGCUUUGCUUGAGUGGUCGUGGUGAUAAGGAUGUGCAGACGGUGAUGGACGAGCUGCCGCAGUAUGGUGGACAGAACUGAUGGGUAUACUGGUCUAUGCUUGUGAGUAACAGAUAGAAGUUAAAUGGCAU